GAACAGGCCAGGACUCCCACCACUGACACCACUCCCACUGAGGGACAGGAGACUGCAUCCUCUUCAGCCACCGACAGAGUACCCCCACCUGUGGCUUCUGAUGUUCCUCCCCUCCCUCCUUCUGACAAACUAAAGACAAUCUCUGACAGGCAAACUGAUGUCAAACAGAGUGAGGACCAGACAGCAGGGGACAGCCCCGGGGGUACCAGCCAGACCAGUGACCUGCGUUCUCCCCCUCCAGGCUGCACAGAGAAACAGCAGACAGGGGUUGAGAACCAGUCCACCAGGAAGCGGAAGAGGUCCAGUGGUCCUUGUGAUCCCUCCAAAAGACAGAAGACUGCUUUGUUUUCUCCAUUUGAGGUCGAGAUGCAAUGCCUGGAACAGAUGUUUUCAACCCUUACCUUGUGAUUUCUACGGUAUAGGAACUUUUACCUGUGUGACUGAUAAUGACGUAAGAUGUUUAUGGUUUGGGGUGUUUUACUUUUUUGGGGAUUACAGAAUGUCACACAGGUAAGUGAUUCUAUACCCUUUGUAUAUAUACAUGUACAUAAGUUUAUAUUAAUCAUUGUAAAUUGUUUUGAUUAAAGUUUUACUAAACUUUUCUUAUUUUACCUUGAUCCUGUUGAUUUCUUUCCCUCCUAUGAGUUCUGUUUCUUUUCAU